CAUAACCUAAUCGUCGGCAUCCACGAUAGUGUGGGUCUUCUACUACGUGGUUGUCACAAUAAUUCUUGUUAAUUAUGUCUGGACGGUUUAAUAAAAAACGCAACUUCAAGAAUCAAAAGGGAUGGCAUAAGAAACCGACACGUGAUUUCGUUCACAAUAAACCCAAGGAGUAUCGCCAUACGGAGCAGCUGUCUGAACCAGAAACGGGAAUAACAGAAUAUUUGAGUGAUUUUGAAGGAUUUUCUGGAAUAUUGAAAUCCAGAUUUUCAGACUUUCAAGUGAAUGAAAUCGAUCUGGAUGGAAAUGUAGCUAAGUUAACUGAUACGAACAUACCCAAAGACUUUCGGUCAAAGGAAGCAAAAGUUGAUUACAAAACUAUCAGUGAAACUCCCAUAGAGGCAAUUCCACAACAGACAUGGGAAGACAUAAAAAGCUUAAUGGAUAGUGAAGAAAGUAAAUCUGUGCAACUGAAUGCAGACAAUUUAGAAAAAGAUCAAAGGAAAAUUAUACAUGAAUGCAUUAAAAAGCAUUUUGGGGCUAAACUAGUUGCACAGACUAUAACAGUUGAUGAUAAGAAGAUUCUGGAAUUUAAAAAAUCAACUAAAGAAAACGCUGAACGUCGUUCUGAAGAGUGGCCUGCUGAUAAAGGUGAAUAUGUUCAUUUUAUAUUAUACAAGGAAUGUAUAGACACUUUAGAUGCUUGCAUGAAAAUUAGUGAUUGCAUCAGAACAAACUGUCAAAUAUUUAAUUAUGCAGGAGUAAAAGAUAAAAGGGCAAAGACAACUCAAUGGGUGUCUGUUCGUAAAGUUGAACCAUGGAAACUUAUUAUUAAGACUAAGCCACUAAAAAAUAUUAAAAUUGGUAACAUAACAUUUAAAGAUCAUCCACUAAAAUUGGGAGACUUGUCUGGAAACAAAUUUCGAAUUGCCUUGAGAAAUGUAACUGCAGAUAAUGACCUUAUUAAUAAGUCUUUACAGUUUGUUAAAGACAAUGGAUUUAUUAACUACUAUGGACUACAAAGAUUUGGUAAUGACAAAGAGGUACCUACAUUUGAUAUAGGUGUAAAAUUAAUGCAAGGCAAAUGGGAAGAUGCAACAAAGUUGAUUUUGAAACCCAAAAAAUCUGAUGACCCCAGCUUGGAUAUCUCCAAAGCUAAAUUGAUCUAUAGAGAAUCUGGUGAUGCUAAAAAAGCUUUUGAAGCAUUAUCAUGCAGUAAAAAUACAUGUAUAGAAGCAAAAUUACUGGAGGGAUUAUCUAAAACAGGAGAAAAUGAAUAUGUGAAUGCCUUGGAAAAAAUACCAAGAAAUAUGAGAUUGUUGUAUAUUCAUUCAUUUCAAAGUUUAAUUUGGAAUAAAAUGGUUUCAAAACGAAUAAAAGAGUUUGGUUUAAAACCUGUAAUAGGUGAUUUUGUUGUAAUUGGAGAAAAGACCAUUAAAAGUGACAGUGAUACAGACAGUGAAGAUAUUCUAUGCAAACAAGAGAUAAAGGUUUUGAAAGAAGAUGAAUUGGGACAGUAUACUAUAUUUGACAUUGUAUUGCCUCUUCCUGGAUAUGACAUAAGUUAUCCUGACUUCAUGAAGGACUAUUAUAAAGAAGCUUUGGCAGAGUAUGAUUUGACACUAGAAAUGCCUAAACAAAAAGUUAAAACAUACACAUUAAGUGGAACUUACAGAAAUAUACUAAUGUCUGUAAAUGAUUUAUCAUGGAAAACAUUAAAUUAUAAGGAACAAAAUGAUAAUCUAAUUUUAUCAGAUUUUGAACAACUAAAAGGACAACAAGAACCAGUAAAUGUUGAGGGUGGAAAAUUUAAAGCUUUAGUUAUGGAAUUUUCAUUGUGUUCUUCAUCUUACGCCACAAUGGUAAUUAGAGAGAUCAUGAAAAUUGAUACUUCCACAAGUACACAUGCAAAAAUGAAUAAUUAUGCCACUGAAAAUAAACAAAAGAAAAUUUCUUUGGAUAUAUCUGAGAAUUUUAAAUCAGAACCAAAGGAAAUAAUGCAGGAGAGCAGCCUCAUUGCUGAUAAGGCAAAGUAUGAAGAAUUUAAAAGGAACAUUUUCAAUGUAACAUCCCCUGUCAAGAGACCAUCAGAUGAAGACAAAUCUGUGCCAAACAAGAAACUUAAAGUUGAAGAAAAAAAGGAAUCUGGAAUUAAAAUGGAGGCCUCCCUUGUAUAAUUCGUUUAUUUAUAUAUGUAUUCUGUAUAUACGCAUAUCAGUUAUAUUUCAUUUAAACAUUUUUGUAACCUGUAAUAAUAAAAUUACAUCAAAAUAUA